AUGGCGCAAACCACCAGACUUCAGACCUUCCCCAACAAGCCCAGAGUGUUUGUCCUCACAGACAUUUCCAACGAGCCCGACGACGCGGAGUCCCUCGUCCGCUACCUCCUCUACUCCAACCAGUUCCAAACCGAAGGUCUCGUCGCGGUUUCUUCGACAUGGAUGAAGAACAAGGUCUGUCCCCAGGACAUUCGCAAGAUCCUUGACGCCUACGCCGGCGCAGUCGACAACCUCAACAAGCACACGCAUCCCGACUACCCGUAUCCCUCAGCGGACAGUCUCCGAGCCCUGGUCAAGUCGGGCCCACCGGUCUAUGGUAUGGCUGGCGUAGGUGCGGAUAAGCCUUUGACCGACGGUGCCCAACUCCUUCUCGAGAGAAUUGAGGCUGCUUCAGAAGACCCCUUGUGGGUGCUCGUCUGGGGUGGUACCAAUGUCCUCGCCCAGGUCCUCCUGACCAUCCGCGACAAGCACUCCCCCGAAGAGGCGGCUAAGUUGCGCGCUAAGUUGAGAGUAUACACCAUCUCAGACCAAGACGACACCUCCGCGUGGAUCCGCACCCAGUUCCCCGACAUCUUCUAUAUCUCAUCCAUCCACGGCUGGAACCAGUACGGUCUUGCCGCUUGGACUGGUAUCUCUGGCGACAAGUACUACGGCUUUGACCAGGGCGGUCCCGACUUCUCCAAGGUCUCGAAGCAGUGGAUCAAGGAGAACAUUCAGAUUGGCCCCCUGGGAUCCGCCUACCCGGAUUAUCUCUUCAUCCCUGAGGGUGAUACCCCUACCUUCCUGUACCUGAUCCAGAACGGUCUCGGCGACCGCGAGCACCCUGAAUACGGAUCAUGGGGCGGUCGCUACGACCUGACGGACGCCAGCGACGCUGGUCAAAGAGGCAAGCACUACAGUGAUAUGUCGGAUUCAGUUGUCGGCGCAGACGGCAAGACGUACCGUUCUAACCAGGCCACCAUCUGGCGCUGGCGUGAUACCUACCAGAACGACUUCGCUGCUCGCAUGCAGUGGUCGCUCAACCCCGAUGUGGCAUCAACAAACCACCACCCCAUCGUGGUCGUUAAUGGAAAGGGAGGAUUGGAGCCUUUGUAUUUCGAAGCCGAGGCCGACAGCACCAUCGAGCUCGACGCUUCAGAGACGUACGACCCUGAUGGAGACAACCUGACCUUCAAGUGGUGGCAAUACCGCGAGCCCAGCGCGUCUCAAUGGCUUGUGCAGUUUGAGGUUGCGCAUCUCGGCAUCGAGAAGCUGGAUGCGGAAGGCAAGAAGAUUAAAGUCACUGUGCCGCCGCCUGAGAAGUCCUGUUUGGAGUUGAUCAGCCAGAAGCCCAAGGCUAAGGGCCAGCUGCUGCACUUGAUCUUGGAAGUCACAGAUAGCGGCUCCCCGGCUUUGACAAGCUACCGUCGCGUGCUGAUUCAGGCUACGAACAAGGACCUGAGAGGAGGCAAGGACCUCAAGGAUGGAGAAGGCCAUGACGCUAUUGGUGAUGCUAUGAAGGACUUUACUGGCUGA